AUGUCGGACAAUGUUGAUUGGGAUAAGAAGAUUGAUUCGUUAAAGCGACAACCUAAUGAAAAUGAAAUCAAAUCUAUUCUAAAUCAUUUCUCAAAAAACCCAUCUGAUAAAGUCAUUUUUCAACUUAUUACCACAUUACUAAACCAUACUAUACCUGAAUCAUAUAAUUCACUUUCAAAACCUAUACAGCAAGAUAUAAUAAGGUUAUUCAGAUCACUUGUUGGAUUGGGGAACUUGGUUACUAAGAUAUCAGUAUUAACAUCUACAGAUCAAAAUCAUGUCCUCGUUAAACUAUACCUUGAAAUAUUACUCCAAGUAUUUGACAAAGAAAUUGUACUUGAAUUAAUCAAAUCUAAUCCUAACCCUGUUGAAGUAAAAGAAAUUGAUAGAUUAAUAUUCAAGGGAAAGAUAUUUUCUGUAUUGAAUGAAGUUUAUGUAUCUACUUCGUUGGAUGUAGACUAUGAUGUAUUUUCAAAUUCUGACAGAUAUGUCAACUUCCUUAGUACCUCAAUAUUACUGUUAUAUCAAUCACAUUCAGAUAUCAAGUUGAUAACUUCAUUUGUCACAUCGUUAAUCGGUUUCAAUUCCAAUAGUGUUGCUGUAUUCUUUGGCGUCAUGUUCAAUCAUCAAAAUUGGCAAUAUUUCAUGUUAUCAUUUAAUGUCAUGAAAAGUUAUCAAAAGAAAGAGAUACUUAUAAAGUUCUUUACCAUCUAUUUAAAACCUCAAUUUUCAAAUAAAGUCAAUAUUAAAAAAAUAUCAUCUUUAUUCACCAUACUUGAGUUUACAGGCGAAUACUUUGACGAGAAUAAUAUUGAAAAAGUUAUUCUAUCAUUAAACUAUUCAUUAAACAUUCUUGUAUCCAAAAUAGUAUCUGCAAUCCCAGAAGUUAAAUUGAAUGCGUUAACUUUGAGAUUGAUAAACAACUGGUCUGACCAGACUAAACUCAAAUCAGAACCUAUAAUCCAACAAGAGUUCCGAACUCAUUUUUUGGUAAAUUUAUUAAGAGCCAGAAAAGGUUCAAAAUUCAUUCAGGAUUUAAUGCAAAAUAGAAUAUUUCUCGAUGCUAUAACCCAUAGAUUAGAGUCAUUCUCUGGAAAUGUCAAAACAUUGGGGGUCAUCUUUGCUAAUAAAGUUUGUGAAUAUGAUGGAAAACCAAAGAUAUUCGAUGAGGAAAGUUCAAUGUAUACUCACUUAUUGGAUGAACCUGAACCUUUCGUAAAUAUGAGAUACGAAGAAGCAUGGUCAAAUUUGUCUGCUCCUCGAGUCGAAGAACCCGUAAAUGUUUCAACUUCGGUUCAAUUGGAAAAGGCUAAGGUUAAUGAUAUCUCGCAAGUCGAUAGUGAUGAUGAUGAUGAUGAUGAAAUGAAUGGUAGAGCAAACAUUCCUACUCCACUAUACAUCAAAGACCUUUUGAAAUACUUAACUAUAGAUGAAAAGGCAAAACAAGCAUAUGAAAUGAGAAGAGUGGCAUUAACAACAGGUCCUAGUUUGAUGCGACAGAAAAUGCAAUUUGGAAAUGAAGUUGAUUUUUAUGCAGAAGACUUGAUUGUUCAAUUAUUAGGAUUGGGGAAUCAUUUCGAUGAAAAGGAUUUUGAUACUUUAAAAUUGAAUUGUCUUGUUUCUGUAUUAGUGGCUUCUCCUGAUAGUGCACUUCAUAUAUGUAAGUUGCUAUUAACAGGUGACUAUUCAUUACAACAAAGAAUGAUGAUUUUGUCUACUAUUUCACUCGCAACUAGAGAAUUGAGAGGUCUUACAGAUGAUGUCAUUUCCAAAUCGUUUAAUCAAACCAACUUCCCCACCAAAUUGUUACCACCAAAGUCUCAUGAAGCGUUUAUAUCUAUGGAUGAUGAAUCAACCAAUGUUAUCAAAUAUCUCAAUCACUCAUUACAAGAUGAUUUGAUGCUUGGAGUUACAGAAAAUGAAGAAAACAAAUUAAGCAAUAAUGGACAAAUUCUUAAAAUUUCUAAAGGUUUUAAAAACCGUAAUGAAAACAAGAUGUUUGAACAACCAAGACGAAAGGAUUUCUACAAGAUUAUAGGACCAAGAUUUUUCUACCCAUUAGUUAAUGUUUGGUAUGAAGCUGGGGAGAUUGAUAUUGGGCAUUACUCCACUGUCUUCAUUGGUCAUUAUAUCAAUACCUUGACUCUUGUUGUUCAUUGUGCUUAUCCGUCGUCUAACGAUUUAAGAGAUAUGGUUAAGGAGUUCAUUCAAUUAACAACUCCUUUGAUUCAUAAGGUUAAGCUGGAUGAAAUCCAAGUGAUUGAAAGUAUUGUAACGGGUAUUUUUUUAAUUUGUGAUAUAGUUGAAGAAGAUUAUAUUAUUCAAGAAUUUCAUAAUAGUAUCUUACAGUAUCAAAGUUGGCUUUCACAAAUUUGGGAGACUUUAAUAGAUUCAAAACUUAAAAGUCUAUGUGCUGGUUUAUUACUUAGAUUAAAUAAUUUGCUACAACAAUUUGAAAGAACUCUUUUAAUAGGUGUAAAUAGUAUGUAUUAA